CCCUUGACAAUGCGACCUUUUCUUUUAUUAUCACGACGUACAUUCACUUCAACAAGAUCUUCAUCUAAACAUAUUUCAUUGGCUUACGAUACUUAUCCUUCAAAACUUACCCAGUCAACAACCAAAAAGUCACCCCUUAUUAUUUGUCAUGGUUUAUUUGGCUCAAAGCAAAACUGGGCUUCUCUUUGUCGAGCUGCCUCUCAAAGAAUAGACCGUGAUAUUUAUGCCGUGGAUUUAAGGAACCAUGGUGAUAGUCCUCAUCAUCCUGUACAUGACUUCCCUGCCAUGGCCGAAGAUUUAUUAGCUUUUAUGGAUGAACACGAUCUUAAACAACCUAUUCUUAUGGGUCAUUCAAUGGGAGGUAAAGCGGUGAUGAUGGCAGCAUUACAAGCACCAGAACGAAUCAGCAAGGUGAUAUCUGUGGAUAUGCCACCAGUACCAUUGACAUUAUCUCAGGGUUUCUCUAACUAUAUCCAAGGCAUGCAACAAGUGGAUCAAGCUCAAUGUACCAAGCAAAGUCAAGCAGAUACUAUUUUACAACAAUAUGAAUCCAAUAUCGGCAUCCGUAUGUUCCUUUUAACCAAUCUUAAACGACAAAACGGUGUACUUUCUUUCCGACUACCUUUAUCCAUUCUCGCUAAUUCUCUCGAUCACAUUGGUCAAUUCAAUCCUCCCAAAGCCGUUUAUCCUCAUCCUACAUUGUUUAUUGCCGGUGGAAAAAGUCCUUAUUAUCCUCCAUUUUCUCAACAUAAAACUCAAAUCAAUACUUUGUUUCCUCAAUCUGAAAUGAAGGUGGUACAAGAUGCUGGUCAUUGGGUUCAUGCCGAAAAACCUGAACAAGUAUUACAAUUGAUCACUACAUUUAGUCAAGAUGAAUAAAAUAGAUAAAUAGAUAGAUAGAUUUUUUUUUUUAGACUCUUUUGAAUAUAUGUAUAUUUUGACUGGCUUGAUUACAUUCAUUUUCUUUGUGUGAUUCUUUGAAUUCCAUGAUAAAUAAUGGAUUGUGUCUCCUUUCUUGUCAUUCCUUUCAUGGACAAUAGGCCUAAAAUAGAGAGCAAAUCUGUUUGUAUCACCACCAUCCAUAGAGAAUGAAUUGUACCUAAUUAGGUGGUUUUUUUCCAUGAUUUCUGUUUGUAUCACUUGAUUCCGCCGAUAGAGAACUAAAUUUAGCUUGUUUGGUUUGUUUUGGAAAUGGACCGGAAGAUUUUCUUUUCCAAUAAAUCAUCCAUAUUAUUCAAAAAU